UAUUCCGCUACGUCGUAAGUCACGUGAUUCGCAGCUAGCAGUCUUCGGACUCGGUACCUUUUCGUUAGCCCUGCCUGUGCUAAUUUCACUGACAAGGAAGCUUCAAAGCGGCCGAGGAAAUGUGGGAUGGACCAGGGCAAGGAUCAAGGGGAAGACCUCCAUUUAGAGGUAAUCACCAUGGAGACAUGUAUAGGGGAAGAGAUCAUCCCAUGUCUGAAUUUAGGGGUAGAGAUGGGAUGAGUAUGAGACCUAUGGGCCAUAUGGGUCCACCAGAUCCACCACCGAUGGAUAUGAGAAGAAUGGACAGUCCACCAAUGUGGGGGCAUGACACGAAUUCACGUGAUAUGCAUGGUAGAGCAAUGGACAGAGAUUUUUACAGAUCUGUCCCAGGGCCAGAUUUAAAUUUCCGAGGGCAGUUUGAUGGUAACCCGAAAGACGAUUUAAUGCAUUCACCAGGUUUCUCUGGACUUGAUAUGGGCGGCAGAGAUAUGCCGACUUGGGAAAAAAACAGCAGACAUAUGGACAUGAGAGUCAGAGACACGUUUCAUGAUGAUAUGCCUCGCUUCAAUAAUCCUAACCUGGACGGAAGGAGAGGUUAUUCAAUGGACAGAAUGACAGAUGAUGACUUCAGGAACAUGCGGACUCCCUUGGGCAUGAAUGAUAACAGUCGUUUUAACAUGGACACGCCGUCUUAUGAGAGGAGGAGAAUGGACAUGGAUAGAAGAGGAGGACCACCUCUUAAUCCAAGGGGUGGAUUUGAGUCGGAUAUGGAUUUUCGAAAUCAUCCUGGUCCGCCGCCUGAAUUUCAAAGCAGAGAGCGGUCUCCCUUAAGAUUUGGAAAUAAUGCCCCUCCAAUGGACAGGACAAGAUCUGGCAUGCCUGCAGAUACCAGUGGGUCACAAAGAUCUGACUUCAAGGGUCCAGAAGAACAGUCCAGAAUGAACAAGGGUCCAAAUUCGUGCGGUAGUCCCCUUAUGGACUAUAGGAGCGGUGAAGAGAUGACUCUUGCCGAGGAAUGGAAGAACCGCCAAAAGGAUCAACCCCCUUUCUCAGAUAAAGGAAUGAAAGGUGAUUCUCAGCUCUCUCAGCCAGCAAGUUUUAGAAGAGAUCCUGUAUACCAGGAUACCAGCCGAGAUCCACCAGCAUUUCUUGAGAGGGAUAGACCGCCUCUUGAUUUUCUGGGGAAAGAUGUCCAUUUCCCUCGCGGUGGUCUAUUUGCUGAACGAGAUCGCCCUCCACUUGGUAGAAACUCCCCUCAAGACAGAACUCUCCUUGCUGCCCCUCCAGUAAGAGGAAAUGAGAGUAAACACUGGCUUGCAGAAAGAGACUCUGAACAGAGUCACAAGAAAUCAAAGCUUGAUGAAAAUUACCACAACAAACUGCUAAGUCAGGAGCUUGUGGAUCCAAAGGAUAGUUUUAAAGGACUUACAGAUAUUCCAUACAGUGAAGGGCAGACUACAAGUCAGAUGGCGGAACUGGAAGAUUUCCAAAGCGGGGACCAAGACUACCGAGACAUUGAUUAUAGGACAGCUUCUGGAAGGAUGUUUGACUACAAGCAGGGGGAUCUUCAGGCAACACCAUUGAUUGAGGAGUCCAAAACACCAGUUGCCCCAGACUUCAGUGCAUCUGGUUCUAAGGAUCAAGAUUAUAGGAAUGCGUCAGUGGCGGAUAAAGUGUCCACAACAUUAUCCAUAAGUGGCAUUCCAAAGACUGCUACGGUGGAGCAGAUUCUUGGUGCCUUUACAGUUCAAGAUGGGUUGCCACAACCAGGGAUGAAGAUUAAAAAUGUUGUCCCAGGUUACAGCUACGAUACGGCCUAUGUGGAGUUUUUAAACCUCGAGGAUGCAGUCCGCUUCAUGGAGUCCAACAAGGGGUCCCUCAAGGUUGGCACUAGAACUGUAUCCAUUAGCUACUCUCAUCCAGAUGAUAGUGACGCAAGUAUUCAUGAGUCACAGUUGUCCAGACCCAAUCAUCCAUCAGACGAAUUUGAAUCCGGCCAGAAUGGUGGAACCAUCAAAGGCCCCAUGGAGCCGAUGCCUCCCACCCAGUGGCAACGCAACUCUGACCUCACUCCUGAGGCCUGGCAGCAGCAGAUGGACCAGCAGUAUCAGGAACAGGAAAGCGAGACGCAAGCAGAGUCUUGGGGUCAUCAGCAUUCCCCUCACCACAAUUCCCAUCAGUCCAAAUCAGUCUUUAAGGACAGUAAAACCAUGAUCAUAAAAAAUAUCAUGCCAAACACCACAGUCGAGGCCAUCCUCAAAGCUUUGGAUCCGUAUGCUUAUCUGGAUGAGAGAAACAUUCGUCUAAUCAAGGCCAAGACACCCGGAGCAAAGUGCUUCUGCUUUAUCGACAUGGACUCCCAUGAGCAAGUUACCCGCUUGGUCGACCUACUCCUCACUAGGCCCAAUCCUCUUUGUAUCGAUGGGUAUAGAGUGUAUGCGGAGGUUGCAAAACCCCUCAAGAACCAGAGUUUCAGAAGAGAGUUUGACAGGACAAGCAACUCUUCACCAGGCUAUCGGGCUGCAUCCAAUAUGAUGGAGGCACAACAAUUUUACCCCCAGCCGCAACCCUCCAUGCAACAACCACCUGGAGUGCAAGCUGGUUUGCCGACUAAUAAUAGUAAUGCACCUCCCUUGGGAGAUGCCAACAUCAGCCAAGGAAGUGGCUAUGAUGCCAGUCAAGCUCAAGAUGCUUCUUACCAGGCGACUGAAGCUCAUGUUGCCACUGAUGCCGUGACACCCGCUGAUCAAUCAUAUGUCCCUGCAGAUGCCGAGGCACCAGAUACGUCCAGCUACUUGUAUGAUGCUACGUCAGGCUUCUACUAUGACCCUGAGACCACCUUGUACUAUGACCCUGGCUCCAGGUACUUUUACAACGCUCAAAACCAAGAGUACCUGUACUGGGACGCGACAACAAAGGCGUACCUCCCAGUGCCUGGAGGCAACCAGGGGCACCAGCCAGUCAUGACGGCCGAGGAUCAAGCCAUUCUCUCCAACCCGGCGGCCGACGCUCCUCUGGACAUGAAGAAACCGUCGGAGCCUCCAAUGCCCUCAACGCAGGUGUCCGUCACUGCUGACAACCACGACACGCCGUCCCCUGAGAAGAAAGACGACGACGAUUCAAUAAAAAAGGACGAUAGGCCAAAAAGUAUCGCUGCUGUGAAGAUCAUGAAAGAUAUGGAGCGCUGGGCCAAGAUCCAGAACCGGCAAAAGGACUGCGUACGUUCCCCAUCGCCUGUGCUGAAAGGCAGCCUGGAUGAUGACAAGAAACAAUCCAAGUCUGCGGAUGCUGGGUUUGCUGUGUUUGAGAGGAAGAAAUCCGGUGGUGACGAAUUUUUCAAGAAGCCACUUGCUCCACUUAAAAAAGAGGAAAAGUCAAAGCGCCCGAUGGGCUCCUUGGGCAUGCUGGCCUCAGAUUAUGCCGCUGGAAGUGAUGACGAAGUGGAGGAGGACAAGGAGGACGUAGCACGCAGCAGCCAGGUCACCAAAGCACCACCUGAAGAACGUGAGGACAAGUUGACGGACUGGAAGAAGAUCGCCUGUUUGCUGUGCAGGAGGCAGUUCCCCAAUAAGGAUGCACUCAUUCGCCACCAGCAGCUCUCAGACCUGCACAAACAAAACAUGGAGAUCCACUUGAAGAUCAAAAGGUCCAAGAAAGAACUGGAGGCACUGGAGAACCAAGAAAAACAACUGACCACCAAGGAAGUUGGCAGGUCACCAGAACAGAAGAGGAGAAAACACCAUCACCAUCAGCCGCAACAGCAUCAUAACAGUUGGGCUGGAGGAUCUAGGGAGAUCAGUAAAGUCGCUGAAAGACCUGGUUUAGGCUCAGAACCUCCGCCUAGACGCCAAAAGAAAGAACAUGUCGCUUGGGAUCACGCCACCUACAAACAAGCAGUGCGUAAGGCCAUGUUUGCACGCUUUAAGGAAUUGGACUGACCUCAGGCAAACACUUGGAAGAAAACCCGCUCCCUCGCCACCAUUCCAUCGUGCAUUGUGAACACAUUCUCUAGAAUAUUUGGAGAAAGCGAUGGCAGUUGUACCAGUGGAGUUCAUGCAGGCCGUGCAUUAUGAACAUUACACAAACUAAUUGUGUCAAACUUGUAAUAACAAAAUACCCACACAGAGACUCAUGGUUAAAGUUUGUUCUAAAGCUUCAGUUUUUCUUGUAUUUCCUUUCAUCAUCCUUUUUGUGUGGCUACAGUAUUAUGCACACAAUUUUUUUUUAUACAUAAAAAAGUGAACUCAACUUUUGUGCGUGUUUUCUCGGGUGGAUUUAGUAGACUAAAAUGUUCACAAAAUACAGCAUCUCGUUAAGAGCGGCAUGCUAUCACUAAUAAUGCAGCUAUGUCAUAAUUUCUUUAAAUGUCUUUACAGAACCAAUCUCAUGUCAGGCAUGAAAAUCUCUCACUUUUCGGUGAAAUUCGCCGUUAUGAAGUCAAAAAGGGUGACUUGAAUUGAGUAGAUCCGAGGAGAAUAUAUUUAAGCGGGGAGAGGGGGGUUCAUGACAUUUUUUUUAUGUCAGCGCUUGGUAUGCAAGCGGGGAAAGCGGCACAAAUCCAAAAAAGCGCGCCAGAGUGGCCAAAACAUUGACUUAUUGAACAUUGACUUAUUUCAACGAAGCAAAGGAGGGUACACUGUUGUGUCCUGUCUCUUCAAUGCCAAGCUUGGCUGCACAUCAGCCGUGAAGGAACACCUAAAGCGCCGUCACCCAGUUGUAACUUUGGAAGACGACGGGACACAAUUACAAGCAAGUAGAUUGUAAGUCCAUCUAACUAACGGCAUGUUGUAUUGAAGUUGCUAAGCCUGUCGCGAUAUGCAAUGAGCCCAUUUAUCGCACCGUAAAUAAAAGUGAGGGCGGUAAUUUUCACGGCGGCGUUUUAUCGCCACGCAUGCAUGCAUUUGUGCAUGCACGCUGAUAGCAUAUGAGAACAGUUCCUUUUACAGAUGUUUCUUGGUCAACACACCGUAGAAUUAAAGUUCAGAUAUACAAAAUAAGGGAACACAUCUAUAUUAAACACUGUAAACGUUAGCAUUGAUACAUUGAGGCUAAUGGGAAAAAAGACCACCUACUUCAGCCUGCUAUAAAACAUUGGCAGUCUUCUCCAAAACGCAAACAUUUCAAACAUGCAAAAUUGCUUGUUAACAGCAUUUGCAAAUGAAAAAAAAUGGAUUACUGACACAACAUGCAAUGACAAAAGGAGCUUUUUUUGCGUAAGGUAAAGCUUACGGUUGGCAGUUUAGCGAAUGUACUUCCAGUGAUAAUUUCAAAGUAAAAGCACAUCAUGUUCAGCCUAUUGUAUAAAUUACCAUUUCUAGAGUUAAUCCCACAUACUUCAGAUUUCAGAUUCUACACUAAGAAUAGCUUUAACAUGACACUCUUUAUGAAAAAUCUGAUUGGCAAUGAAUAAUUAUACUAUUAUAUAUAGUAGUAUACUAUAAUAUUAAUGCUAGAUAUUUUUUUUAGAAUUGUUUUGAAUCAUGUUGGAAAGGCAAAUUCAGUUUCUUAAUCUGUUUACAUUCCAUUCUU